UACAGAGAGGGAGGGCUGCAAACACACGUCUUUCCAAGUUUAAAUCGAAAUGGAAAUGGAUAAAAAUAACAGAACAAAUAUGCAGUAUUUUCUGGUAUUUCUGGAUCUUUCCAACACUACCGUUCGACCGCUGACCAACACUGCGGGCAUAUGUUGAACAGCCAUUUUUCAUCUUUAAUUUUUCAAGUGAUGGAUUUGUGCAUUUUCAAUGGUACUGACGAUGAACUGAGCACAAGAACGCCUAAAGCCGACAGCCGGAUCUAUUUUAGCGCAAUGCUAAUUUAAUGGACGCGUUAAAAUACGCUGAAUGGUGGAUAAUCGACGCCUGAAAAUGUGUUCCGUGGUGCGUGUGGAAAAGUACGAAUGUGGACAGACAAACCGAAUACAAAAGGGCCGCUUCCAGAGCUCCGUACGUGUGUAGCGCUCGAGUGUUAGUGUAUUGCCAGCGGCGGGCAACAACAAAUUGAUUGAAAAAGGCGCCAGAUUGCGGGGCGCUCGUGCUAAUUAACAAAAUCGGGCCGAAAACUAUAACCCAAAAAUAAAAACGAAGAGCCAGCAAAACCCGGCAAACCCAACUGAAGCUGCUCUUCUUUUUCAUCACUGUCUGCACACAAGAAUCGGCACUUAAAACGCCCACACAUACACAUCAGCAACAAUAGCAGCAGCACCCACGAUGAUGAACAACCAUUUCCACUUGCAACACGAACACUCGCCGCCACAGCCGCUGCCAAAUGUGCCACAUCCGUACUUGCAGCCGCCGGCGGCUCUCCCGGUCUCUAUGUCCGCCUCCGGAGCACAACAACCGGCGACUACCUAUGGGUACCUGCCGCAGUCGGCGGCUGGCCAACAGCCACAGUGGACCUUUCAGAUCCUGCCGCAGGCUCAGUCCUCACAUCCCAACACCAUCCAGAUCACGAAUAGCUUCGCCCAGCAGGCCACGCCAACGAAGCAACAGGCAGCCUCGGCAGUGGCGAGCUCUUCGGGGCCAAGUCCCUACAAGGGGAACAACAUACGCAUUAUCUCGACGGCGCCAAAUGUAUACAGUCUGAAUAAGUCGCCGCAGGAUCAGCAUUCAAUUUAUGCGCCCGUUCAGUCCUUUUUUGUGCCGGAUGUCGGAAAUCCGGCGGCAGGUCAGCUUGGUCUAAUAGGGGCCGGCGGACGGGACCGCAUUAAUAUCUGCAUCAAUAACCACUACAGCGAGGCGCCCCCCUCGUUAUGCUCAUUGUCAUCCCGGAGCACGGCCCAACAGCCGUCGCCCAUCAUCCCGGUCAUCCAGCACAAGGCCAUCGCUCCACUCAUCGACAGCAGCACGGCGGACAGCAGCAGCUGCAGCAGUAGCUCCGUGUCCAGCAGCAGCUAUGGCAGUGGGGCGACCCCCUCUACGGCUGUCGUGAUUGUGGAUGAGCCAGACUCCACAACAACGACACCGCAAACACCGCCAACCACGCCGGAGACGAUGAGCUCGCCCGGCAAAUCGUCUCCCUCGCCGCCGCCUCUGCCGUCGCACACGCAAUCGCUGCUCAAGGCCGUCAGCCAAAUGAAGCCGAGCUUCAAGGCCAAGGAACCAGUUCUGCCAACGCCACCCACUCCCCCUACACCGCCGUCGCCCCCAGCUCUUCCGGCUCCACCGGCUGUCACCUACGCCCUGCAGGAGGACGUCUUUGUUAGGUUUAAAGACGGCAGGUUCUACCUGGGCACCGUUAUCAAGCAGACAACCGAGCAGUUUCUCAUACGGUUCGACGACCAGUCGGAGCAAUGGUGUGAGCCGGACAAGCUUCGCAAGCUGGGCGGCAGUAGCUCCUCGAGCGGUAGUACAGCCGCUGGUGGUGGCGGAUCCAGUUCGGAUAGCUCGAAUACCCCUACCAGUGGACCUAUGUGUGUGGCCUGCAAGCGAUCGGACAUUGAGGAUGUGGUGGAAAUAUGUGAGCGCUGUGGACGUGGCUACCAUCGCGGAUGCACCGUUGAAAUCGUGAAGGGAAGCUGCAUUUGGAGCUGCAAGCGCUGCGCAAAGCCUAUGAAAAUGCAACAGCCGCUGAACCAUGAGAUAACGAAGCCAGCAGGGAUUUGCCGACAGUUACCCUACCAUGCGGAUAAGCUCAGCUGGGAUGAGAAGCAUCGGGUUAACGAGGAACAGAUCUACUGCUACUGCGGAAAGCCGGGCAAAUUCGACCACAACAUGCUGCAGUGCUGCAAAUGUCGUAACUGGUUCCACACCCAAUGCAUGCAAAACUUCAAGAGAAAAUUGCUGCGUGGCGACACGUUCUUUGUGUUUUGCUGCACGGUGUGCAACCAGGGCGUGGAGUAUGUGCGACGCCUGCAGAUCGACUGGGUGGACGUGCUCCACAUUGCGCUGUACAAUCUGCGAAAGCAUCAGCACCAGAAGUACCAUCACCUGCUAAAGGACAUUUGGCCCUUCAUACUCGAGCAGCGUCACCAGCUGCCAAUUUGCGAGCAGUGGCGCGCUCUUCCCGAGACUGCCUUGAUGGAGCGCAUCAAGCAGACGCUGAAAGACUACUCCGAUAGAUUCGUGUGCGGCCGGGAGUUCAAGAGAGCGCCAGCUUUCUAUGCGCUGCGACACAGUGGUCCGCCACUCACACCAAAGGUGUUUCUGCAGCCACAGGAGGAGCUGUCCGAUGAGAUGCUGGAAAGGAAGUUCAAGGUAGUGCUGAUGGCAGCAGAAGAUGUGGAUCUAAGUGUCGGCGGUGAACCCCCCAAGAGGGCCCCCAAAGAUGUGUACGAGUUCAAUACCGAUGAGGACGAGGCAUUGGAGACCAGUGAGGACGAGAUUCCCAUCAAGCAGAUCAUCGAGAAAGCCAAAAUGCAGGCAAAUAACAAAAAAGCCGAUGGACAGGAUGAGCUAACACUGCAAAAGUCGCAGCCGGAACCGAUUGCGGCGAGGGCUCUCGAUCUGGCUGACGACAAUGCCAACGAUGGUGAUCCCGGAAAAUUGCCAGCACCCAUUCCACCGCUCCUGGACGCCAACAGCAGUCGGAAGCGCAAGGCAUUCCGCUUGUCCAAGCGCUACGACAACAGCCGCAACCACUGUGAUCUAUCAUCCGAUGAGAACUCGAGCAGCAGCCGGGGCACCAGCUCGCUGGACCUCAUCAUACCCCCGCCGGCCAACUUUCUUGGUCGCAACAAUCCCUUUUUAAUGGCCACGCCAAAGAAAUCGACGCUGGGCAGAAGCGUCGGCGUGGGGGCGACCAUUGGAGUGACUGGGCUCAUCAAUAGCAUUUUCAAGCUCAAGGGAAAUGCCAAGGAGCAGCCGCGCAUGGUGCGCACGAUCAAGCGAAGACUGAGUGCCAAAGACAUAACCAUUGGCCCCAAUCAAGAGGUGCGCAGGCGUCGCACCCGCCGCCUGACUACGUCCAUUGAGGUCAUCAGCACCACAACAAUUAAUCCCAUACCCAGCCACUACCUUCCCCUCUAUGCCAAAGAUCUGCAGCCGCCGGCGCUGGCGCCACCCAUGGGAAAGCCGACGCACGGACGCCUGCUACGCCAGCGGCCACAGAAGCUGUCGCCCAGCCAGAGUCGUCGCAACUCCGUCAGCUCGACAGCAACAAACAGCAGCAGCAGCAAUGGCGGCGCAGCCACAGGACAUUCCAUACUGGACCUGAAGCAAUCGGUGAACAAGUAUUUCGGCGGUGCCAUGAACCGCAUAGAUUCCGGCGAACCGUUUGCCAUCCGGGCCAAGCGGAGGAUGGGAAACGGGCAGGUCCAGUACCUGGUGGAGUGGGGAGGAGAUGCCGCGGCCACGGCAAUCGGAGCUGUUUCAAGCACAAACUAGAUUCUUUGGCACACGUUUACUCAUAUGUUUACUUUUAUUAUCAUUAUUUUUAUUAUUAUCUUUUACCUGCUUUAUGUUUUUUUAUCAAUGCUCGCUGCCCGCUCUUGGCCCCUUUGAUUGUUACUGGUUGAAAAAAAGAAGAGUUGAUUACCAAUCCACUGCCAAAAUAGCAAAAGAAUGUUAAAAAAAAAAAUUAUUAGUUCGGCAUUAAAACUAUGUAAAGUCCAAAAACGCAACUAAAUACAGGUUAUAUUGUGCAAUGGCAGUUAAUUGUUUCAGCAGAAGAAAACGUAUGCAAAUUUCCACUAAUUUGGCAAAAGUAUUAAAUAAUUAAUCCGAAAGCCUACUAUGUAACAUUCGCUGCUGAACGAAAACGUAUUAAAUAAUGUCUAUUAAAGAGAAGGAGAGGAAUUUAAUUAAGUUCAAUAUUCGUACUUUAGCUAUAAUUAUCUCCACUUGUAUAUUUUCGAAAAAUAUAUAUGGAAAGGGGAAA